CCGACCAGUUCCCUGCUCGCUCCGUGACGGACCGGAGAGCCCGACCAGUUCCCUGCUCGCUCCGUGACGGACCGGAGAGACGGCGACUUGUUACGGACGGACAGGGGCGCGUCAGCCACAGCGCAUGGGGGAUCUGCUGCGCACUGGAUCCAGGACGGUCCGCUAGCUGCCGGGCUAGCGUGUCAUGACGCCUUCUCACACAUCUCUGCUGCCGUAACGACAGAGGGCUGAGCGACCCGCCACCACCCACCACCACCCACCCUGCCCCCGGCCACCACCCGCCCCCGGCCAGCACCGACACAGCGGCGGCGGCGGCUGUGGGGUAUCGAGUCCUCUGGCCGCUGGGUUUACCACCCAUCGCUUCCUUCUCUUCCUCUCUUCUCAUUUGUUGUCCGCCAUGGCUGAGAGAAACUCCAGCGGCUUGCUCAUGAUGAUGCUGGAGCCCACGCCGGCUGUCGCUAUGACGCUCCCGGCGGAGGUGCGGGAGAAGCUGGCGGAGCUGGAGCUGGAGCUCUCGGAAGGGGACAUCACUCAGAAGGGCUAUGAGAAGAAAAGAAGCAAGUUGCUGGCUCCAUACAUCCCACAGAUACAAGGUGUAGAUCCAUCUCUCCAAAUUGACAACAAGAUCCAGGCUUCCUCCCAAGCUGCCCUCCCAGGUUCCAAACACAACAAGUCCCGGGCUGCCAACGCCAGGGAUGAGCGCUUCAGAUCCGAUUUGCACACGGAAGCCGUCCAAGCAGCGUUGGCCAAGUACAAAGAGAGGAAGAUGCCCAUGCCCUCCAAGAGAAGAUCAGUGCUGGUUCAGUCGUCCGUAGAGGCAUGCACCCCUCCAGACACCUCCUCAGCGUCGGAAGACGAGGGCUCGCUGCGCAGACAGGGACGUCUGGCCACCUCCACACCCUACCAGGGCCACGGCCACAGCCACCCUGCCGUAGAGCACUGGUUUAACCGCGUCAUCCAGGGCUCGUCCACUUCAUCCUCUGCAUCAUCCACCUCAUCUCACCCUGGAGGGAGAGCCGUCUCCAACGCCACCUCCACCAACACCAACGCUGCCCACGCGGCACUCAACGCCAACGCAGCUGCCACAGCAUUGGCUGACCUCAUGGCACACACCCAGCUAGAUAACCACUCGGCGCCCCCUGACGUGACGGGGCUGUCGGAGCGCUCCUCACUGCAUGCGGAGCGGCCUCAUGUGGCCUCAGUGCGAGGUGUCCCCCGAGGCUACAACCAUCACGCAAGCGUCAUGGAGACCGCAGAUGGUGUCCCCGUCAACAGUCGUGUUUCCUCCAAAAUCCAACAGCUGCUGAACACCCUGAAGAGACCAAAGCGUCCACCGCUGCGAGAGUUCUUCGUCGAUGACUUUGAGGAGCUUUUGGAUGUCCAGCAACCAGAUCCCAACCAGCCAAAGCCAGAGGGCCAACAGAUGAACCCCCUGGAGGGAGAGCCUCUUGGUGUGGUCACAAAUUGGCCUCCAUCCCUGCUGGCAGCCUUACAGCGCUGGGGCACCACCCAACCCAAGACCCCUUGUCUAACAGCACUGGACAACGCGGGCAAGCCUGUAUACACGCUGACCUAUGGUAAAUUAUGGACCCGCAGUCAGAAACUGGCCUAUACACUUCUGAACAAGCUGAGCACCCGAAAUGAACCUCUUCUUCUUCCUGGAGAUAGGGUUGCGCUUGUAUUUCCCAACAAUGAUCCAGUGAUGUUCAUGGUGGCGUUCUACGGCUGUCUCUUGGCAGAGCUGGUGCCCGUACCCAUAGAAGUGCCACUGACUCGAAAGGAUGCAGGAAGUCAACAGAUCGGCUUCCUGUUGGGCAGCUGCGGUGUGACACUGGCGCUCACCACAGAUGCUUGUCAGAAAGGUCUGCCCAAAGCACAAACAGGCGAGGUUGCCACCUUCAAAGGCUGGCCACGGUUGCUGUGGUUUGUGACAGAUGGAAAGCACGUUGUGAAGCCUCCCAAAGACUGGUACCCGCCAAUACGGGAAGCCAACAAUGACAUAGCCUACAUAGAGUAUAAGACCAGCAAGGAGGGCAGCACCAUGGGGAUCACUGUGUCCCAUUCAGCCAUGCUAGCGCACUGUCACGCCCUCACACAGGCCUGUGGCUACACUGAAGCUGAGACCAUAACCAACGUCCUGGACUUCAAGAGAGAUGCAGGAUUAUGGCACGGGGUUCUCACUAGUGUCAUGAACCGGAUGCAUGUGAUCAGCAUCCCUUACUCCCUGAUGAAGGUCAACCCCCUCUCCUGGAUACAGAAGGUGCACACGUACAAAGCACGGGUAGGGGUGGUGAAGUCAAGGGACAUGCACUGGUCACUGCUGGCCCAGAGAGACCAGAGAGACGUCAGCCUCAGCUCACUGCGAAUGCUGAUCGUAGCUGAUGGAGCCAACCCUUGGUCGAUAUCCUCCUGCGAUGCCUUCCUAAACGUGUUUCAGGCGCGUGGACUGCGACCUGAGGUGAUCUGUCCAUGUGCCAGCUCUUCAGAAGCCAUGACGGUUGCCAUCCGCAGACCCCCAGAGAUGGGUGUUCCCCCUCCCGGGAAGGCGGUGCUGUCUAUGGGCGGUCUGAGCCACAGUGUGAUCCGUGUGGACACCGAGGAGAAACUGUCUGUCCUCACUGUGCAGGAUGUGGGACAGGUCAUGCCUGGAGCCCUGGUUUGUGUGGUGCGAGUGGAGGGGACUCCCUAUCUCUGUCAGACAGAUGAGGUGGGUGAGAUCUGCGUGAGCUCAGGUAGCACGGGCGUUGCCUACUACGGCCUGCCUGGCAUGACCAAGAACAUCUUUGAGGCUAUCCCAGUAACAUUGUCUGGAGCCCCAAUCAGCGACAGACCCUUCACCAGGACGUCUUUACUGGGAUUUGUGGGACCGGACCAUCUGGUGUUUGUUGUGGGGAAGAUGGAUGGGCUGAUGGUGGUGAGUGGGCGGAGACACAACGCUGAUGACGUGGUCGCCACCGCACUGGCAGUGGAGCCCAUGAAGUUUGUUUACAGGGGAAGGAUAGCGGUGUUUUCUGUGUCAGUGCUACAUGAUGAAAGAAUCGUUGUUGUGGCAGAACAAAGACCAGAUGCCUCCGAGGAGGACAGCUUUCAGUGGAUGAGCCGUGUUCUUCAGGCUAUAGAUAGUAUUCACCAGGUGGGGGUGUAUUGCCUGGCUCUGGUACCUGCAAACACACUGCCCAAGGCACCUCUGGGUGGCAUCCACAUCUCUGAGACCAAACAGCGCUUCCUGGAGGGAGCCCUGCACCCCUGCAAUGUCCUUAUGUGCCCCCACACUUGUGUUACCAACCUGCCCAAGCCACGCCAAAAGCAACCAGAGGUUGGGCCUGCUUCUAUGAUAGUGGGCAACCUUGUGGCCGGGAAACGGAUAGCCCAAGCCUGUGGGCGAGAUGUGGCCCAACUAGAAGACAAUGACCAGGCACGUAAGUUCUUAUACAUGCAGGAUGUUCUGCAGUGGAGGGCUCAGGCCACACCCGACCACCCUCUCUUCUUGGUCCUAAACGCCAAGGGUACUGUUGCUAGCACAGCUUCCUGUCUGCAGCUUCAUAAGCGGGCAGAGCGUGUCGCGGUGGCGCUGAUGGAAAAAGGGCGCCUCAAUGCUGGGGACCAUGUAGCACUAGUAUACCCGCCAGGGAUUGACCUUAUUGCCACCUUCUAUGGCUGCCUGUACGCUGGCUGUGUGCCUGUCACUGUCAGGCCUCCUCAUCCACAGAACCUGGCCACUACCCUGCCCACAGUCAAGAUGAUUGUUGAGGUCAGUAAGUCUGUGUGUAUCCUGACCACUCAAGCAAUAAUGAAGCUGCUGAAAUCCAAAGAGGCUGCUGCUGCUGUAGACGUCAAAAGCUGGCCAGUGGUCCUUGACACAGAUGACCUUCCGAGGAAGAAGAGUCCCCAGAUCUAUAAGCCUCCCACCCCAGAGAUGCUGGCCUACUUGGACUUCAGUGUGUCCACAACAGGCAUCCUAGCUGGGGUCAAGAUGUCUCACGCUGCCACCAGUGCCUUGUGUCGUUCCAUCAAGCUGCAGUGUGAGCUCUACCCCUCCCGGCAGAUCGCCAUCUGUUUGGACCCCUACUGCGGCUUGGGCUUUGCUCUUUGGUGUCUGUGCAGUGUGUAUUCAGGUCACCAGUCCAUUCUGGUGCCUCCUCUGGAGCUGGAGAGUAAUGCAUCUCUGUGGCUGGCAGCAGUCAGCCAGUACAAAGUCCGUGUCACCUUCUGCUCCUACUCUGUCAUGGAGAUGUGCACCAAGGGCCUCGGUUCACAGACAGAAGCGUUGCGGUUGCGGAAUGUCAACCUGUCAUGUGUGCGCACGUGCAUGGUGGUGGCGGAGGAGAGGCCCCGCAUCGCUCUCACUCAGUCUUUCUCCAAGAUCUUCAAGGACUUGGGGCUGUCACCACGCGCCGUCAGCACCACCUUUGGCUGCAGGGUCAAUGUAGCAGUCUGUUUGCAGCCCAACAGGCUGGGGAAGCUGGCUGAGCAGGGUACAGCAGGACCAGACCCCACCACUGUCUACGUGGAUAUGAGAGCCCUCCGACAUGACAGGGUUCGUCUUGUUGAGAGAGGCUCACCACACAGUUUACCGUUAAUGGAGUCUGGGAAGAUCCUUCCAGGAGUGAAGGUCAUUAUCGCCAACACCGAGACUAAAGGGCCCCUGGGAGACUCCCAUCUGGGGGAGGUCUGGGUGAGCGGUCCUCAUAAUGCUACAGGCUACUACACGGUGUACGGGGAGGAGGCGCUCCAUGCUGACCACUUCAGCACCAAGCUCAGCUUUGGUGACACCCAGACCGUGUGGGCAAGGACAGGCUACCUGGGCUUCCUGCGACGUACCGAGCUCACAGAUGCCAGUGGAGAGCGUCAUGAUGCCCUGUAUGUGGUGGGCUCUCUUGAUGAGACUUUGGAGUUGAGAGGAAUGCGGUAUCACCCCAUCGACAUUGAAACCUCUGUCAUCCGCUCUCACAAGAGCAUCGCUGAAUGCGCGGUGUUCACCUGGACCAACCUGCUGGUGGUGGUGGUGGAGUUGGAGGGCUCGGAGCAGGAGGCCCUGGACCUGGUGGCCCUGGUCACUAACGUGGUGCUGGAGGAGCAUUAUCUCAUCGUCGGGGUGGUGGUUGUGGUCGACCCCGGGGUCAUCCCCAUCAACUCCCGUGGGGAGAAGCAGCGCAUGCACCUGAGGGACGGAUUCUUGGCCGACCAGCUGGACCCCAUCUAUGUGGCUUACAACAUGUGAGGCCGCUGUGACAGGGAAGGGGGGCUGCCAGGCUAAAGGACACUAACUGUGGGGCUUAUAAUGGGAGGUGCAGCCCACACAGCCCCCCCCCCGAGCUGUGUAGCGACUAACAUGGAGUUAAAAUGAGUGAUGGAAAGCCAGAUGGGGGAGUGGAGAGUGAGGCGACCAGAUGGGGGAGCGGAGAGUGAGGCAGCCAGGUGGGGGAGCGGAGAGUGAGGCGACCAGAUGGGGAAGCGGAGAGUGAGGCGGCCAGAUGGGGGA